AUGGCCAAUCAGCACAAGAACGAUCGCAAUACACCCACGAGCUCCAAAUACGCAGGCGGUACACCUGAGCAUCAAAACGGGCGAUAUCAAGAACGAGGAGGACAAUGGCCUCGACAAGAACAAGGGCGGCGCGAUACGAACAGCUCUGCGGGCUUCCAGCAAACGCCUCAGAACACACCUCAGGAUGUGUGGUGGCCUCAUUCUCCAGCGCCUUGGACGUCGCCACAACCAAGUCCCGCUCGAAAGAUGACCUACUGGUACAACUGGCGUGAGUUUCACGUCCAGGUGCCCGGUCUCCAGACCUACGUCGACCUUGUACGCGGACUUCGACAUCCAAAUUCGAGCGGCAGAUGUGUUGCCACGAAGAGUGACAGUGCUGAGAUGAGGUUGUCACUCGAAGCUGGAACUGACCAACAAGGGCAGGGACAAAUAGCUUUUGACGGACUUGUGGUUUCAGAGGAGUCAUCGAGCACUGUCAAGGAUGGCGAGACCAGGCGUUGGUCUUACUGA